AUGGCGAAGCUGCUGGUGCCCUUGGUGAUGUUGGGGGCGGUGGCGGGGGGGUCCCACCGCUGCCCCCCCCGCUGCCUCUGCCCGGCGGCCGCCCCCAACCCCACUCUGCUGUGCGCCCGCACGGGGCUGCUGGCCGUGCCCCCCACAUUGGACCGGGGGGCGGUGGAGCUGCGUUUGGCCGACAACUUCAUCGGGGCCGUGGGGCGCAGCGACUUCGCCAACAUGAGCAGCCUGGUCCACCUCACCCUGUCCCGCAACGGCCUCCGCCGCUUGGCCCCCGGCGCCUUCGCCGACCUGCGGGCCCUGCGCGCCCUCCACCUGGACGGCAACCGCUUGCCCGCCCUCAGCGGAGCCCAGCUGCGGGGCCUGGCCAGCCUCCGCCACCUCAUCCUGGCCAACAACCAGCUGGCCGCCAUCGAGCCCGCCGCCUUCGCCGCCUUCGCCGCCACCGUGGAGGACCUGGACCUCUCCCACAACAACCUGCCGGCCCUCCCUUGGGAGGCGGUGGCCGCCAUGGCCAGCUUGGCCACCCUCACCCUGGACCACAACCUGCUGGAGCGGGUGCCCGCCGGGGCUGUGGCCCGGUUGCCCCGUUUGGCUCGUUUGGACUUGACGGCCAACCGGUUACGAGCCCUGCCGCCGGUGUCGGGGCCACCGGGACCCAGUUUGGUGGCCGGGGGCAACCCUUUGCACUGUAACUGCGAGCUGCUGUGGCUGCGGCGCUUGGCGGUGCCGGGGCGCCUGGAGAGCUGCGCUUCGCCCCCCCCGCUAGCCGGACGGCUACUGUGGGCCGUGCCGGAGGAGGAAUUGGCUUGCCGGGCCCCCGCCAUCGCCGGGGCGGUGGCCCAACCGGCCGCCGUUUUGGAAGGGCAACCGUUGAGGUUGGGGUGCGCGGCGGCCGGGGACCCCCCCCCGGCCCUGCACUGGUUGGGGCCCGACGGGCGGCUGGUGCAGAAUGGCUCCCGGCGAGCCCUGGGGGCCGAUGGCUCCUUGGAGCUGCGGGUGGCCACCUUGCGGGACCACGGGGCUUUCACCUGCGUGGCCUCCAACGCCGCCGGCGAGGCGGCCGCCCGGGUGGAGGUGGCCGUCCUGCCCUUGCCCGUCCCCCACGGGGAUGGGGACGGGGGGGAGGCCGAAGCCGCCGCCGGACCGGGUCCCUCCGACAUGGCGCGGGCCGGGGGCAACGAGUCGCGGGCAACGGGCGAGCGGCGGGUGGUGGCCGCCGAGGUGACGGGCUCCUCGGCGCGCAUCCGCUGGUUGCCCCAGCGCCACGUCCCCGGCAUCCGCGUCUUCCAGGUCCAGUACAACAGCUCCCUCGACGACUCCUUCGUCUACAGCAUGGCGUGGCAUCACGUGGUGUGACACGGCAUGGCAUGGGGCAGCAUGGCUUGGCAGCAUCUGGCACAACAUGGCACCCUGUAGCAUCUCACAAGGCUUUGUGGCACCGUGUGGCACCUCAUGGCAUCUCUUGGUGGCAUCUAGCACGGCGUGGCAUCACGUGGUGUGGCACAGCAUGGCAUGGGGCAGCAUGGCUUGGCGGCAUCUGGCAUGACGUGGUACCAUGUGGCAUCUCACGAGGCCACGUAGCACCACGUGGCACGGCUUGGUGGCAUCUGGCACCGCGUGGCACCGUGUGGCUUGGCGUGGUGUGGCGUGGCAUGGCGUGACGUGGCACCACGUGGUGGCACCUAGCACCUCCCGGCAGCGUGUGGCACGGCUUGGUGGCAUCUGGCACGGCGUGGCAUCACAUGGUGUGGCAUGGCAUGGUAUGGCAUGGCUUGGUGGCAUCUGGCAUGGCGUGGCAACAUGUGGCAUGGCGUGUGGCAUCACGCAAAUCCAUGUGGUGCCA